AUGGCGCCCGGCGCGCCGUCGCAGCCGCAGCCGCGGUCGCGGUCGCAGCCGCACUCGCAGGCGCAGGCGCAGGCGCAGGCGCAGCCGCACCACCAGCAACAGGCAACCAUCGCCACGCUCAGCCCGGAGCAGAAGACCCGGGUGCACGCCCUGUUGACCGGGCUUCGCUGGCUGCGCGACUCGUACUUCUUCCCGUCCGCCCGGGCACCGGGGGGCCUUCUCCUCCGGGGCCCAAGCGACCAGCCGCCCGGGGACGGGUCGGCCGCCGGCCACACGAGCGACCUCUGCUCGCUGCCCGGCCCCGGGCAGGAGACCGAGCACUAUGCUGUGGCCGUGGCCAUCCUCCAGGAGGCGCUGUCCCUGCUGGAGAAGUUUCCGAAUUUCUUCCCCCACCUGUCGGCCACCCGGUCGUCCUCGUCGCAGCUUCUGCGCGAUCUCCACUGCGGGGCCCUGCUGCUGACGUGCGCGCGGCUGGCUACCACCACGCACCGGCGCCUGACGUGCCGGCACGGGACCCCGGCCGGGGCGUACUUCGCCCCGGACGCCGGGGCCUGCGCACUGGUGUUGCACAUUCGCCAGCGGGCCAUCCCGGCACCGGCGGCGGCGCCGCUGCCCGGGCUGCCGGCCCCGGGCGCCGCAUGCCCCGGCCCCAGCGCCGCGGCCCUGCUCACCCAGGUCCUGGCCACGUCCGGCGAUGUGACGGCCCUGGUCCGGCAGCUGACCGAUGUGACGGCCUCCUUCGCCACCAGCGACCUGUCCCUCAUCGAGGGCAUCAUGCUGGCCAGCCUGGACUCGCUGCUCAAUCUGGCGACGCUGCCCGUCCAGGUGGACGCCAAGGCCCGGUCCGGCUUGGUGCCCCUGCGCUUUGAGCCCUUCGCCCUGUUGGCCGUCCUGAGCCCGGGCUUCGUCGAGGCCGGCUCCUGCAUGGAGUUGAGCUCGGUGGCCGAGCGCGUGUCGGCCGGGCGCUUCUUCUUGGCGCUGAUCGAGGCCCUGCUGCUGGGCCGGCCGGAGGCCGAGGCGGCCGCCGGCGGGCUGGCCGGCGGGCUGGCCGGGUUCUUCGGCCAGCCGGACCCGGCGGCCGCCGGGCCGGGGGUCCCUUCGGCCGAGCCGGGGCCCGGCGACGCGGCGGACCUGCUGGCGGCCGGGCAGCCGCCGGGCUUCAGCAACCCGGCCUACUUGACCUUCUUCCUGCCGGUGGUGUGGACCGUGGUGCAGUCGGUGUGCGCGGCGGCCGGGCUCUUUCUCGGGCCGUGGCCGGACGCGCGGCGGCUGCUGGUCCAGCCGCUGGCCGGGCCGGCGUCGGUGUACGGGGUCCCGCGGCCCGGGGCCGGCGGCCCGGCGGCCGGGCUCUGGCAACUGGACUGCGCGUCGGGGCUGGACGAUUUGCUGGCUCGGCUGGCCUUUGCCGAGGGGUUCUUCGACUUUGCCCGGCGGGUGUGUGCCCUGUCGGUGUCGGGCCGGCUGGCCCCCGGGGACACCGGGGCGGCCCUCGGGCAGCUGGCCUGCACCGUGGCGGCCUGGCUGUGCGAGGAUGGCCGGUGGCGGGUGGCGCUGGCCGGGGCCCGGCCCGCCGACCGGCCGGUGCUGCACCGCCAGCGUCUGGCCGCCCGGCGAGCCGCCACCCGGCUGCUGGAAUGGCUGCUGGCCGCCGAGCGGGCCGGGCGCCUGGUCCUGCCCCGGGCGUCCGGGGUGGAGUUCGCCCUGGCGACCCUGUGCGCCGGGCUGAGCGCCGGCCUGGAGCCGGCCGGCGGCCCGGAGCCCGAGCCCGAGGACCAGGAUGUCGGCUGGGUCGGGCGGCUGGGCCUGCGCCGGGGGGCCGGCGGCCGGGACCCGACGGCCGAUGCGCUGGCCGCCUUCCUGGCCGUCGGGCGCUUUGCCGGCCGGUAUGUCCAUGCGGCCGGCGAGGCGCCCUCCAUCUUCCUGCUGUCGGCCUUCGUGCGGGCCGGCGUGGCGCUGGCCGGCGCCCCGGAGCCGGGUGGCGUUGGGUCGCCCGGGCCGGCGUGCCCGGCGGCCGGGUCGCCGGCGCCGGCGCCCGCGCCCCCGCCCGCCCCCGCGGCCGGGCUCUUCCCCAUGCUGGCGGCCCUGUCCGAGGCCUUUGUCCGGUACUUUGACCGGUGCACCUGCCCGGGGCCGGGGUCGGGGCCGGCCGCCGGCGACCCGGCCCCCGGCAAGCGGCCCUGGCUGCCCCCCGGCCACGGGUCGCCAGGUCGCAAGCGGCCCCGCGCCUCGGGCCCGGCUGCCCAUCCGAUGGUGGUGGACAUGCUGGGGGCCGGCGCGGUGGACGACGGCCCGGCCAGCACGCCGACCCCCUCGCAGGACGCCUGGCACCAGGCGGCCGCACCGGCAGCCGGUGCGGCCGCGGCGCCCUCCCCCUCGACGGUGGCCACGACGACCACGGCCGCGACGAUGGCGGCCAUGGCAGCGGGGCUGUCGUGCUCCCCGCUGGCGGGCGUGUCGGCCGCGGCCGGGCCGUUCGAGCCGCGGACGCCCUCGAGCCCGCUGCUGCGGCUGCUCGGCGGCCAGGCCCCGGGGGGGGCCGUGUCCGGGGCCAGCCCGGGCCUCGCCACCCCGGGCGACCGGUCGCCCUCGCUGAUGUCGGCCCUGAGCGGCUUCUCCUGGACCAUUGCCAUUCUCAAUCAGCUGGACGCCGGGGGGUUCGCGUGGCCGGGCGACCCGGCGCCCGGGGUGUCGCCGGUCCACUUUGCCGGGGGCAUCUUCGCGUCAUGCCACUCGGCGGUGGAGGGGUGCCCGGGCGGCCGGCGGCCGGGGCGCCGGCUGGCCGACGCGUCCAUGCGGAACAUCGGCCCGGCGGCGUUGGGGCUGUGGCUGGCGCUGCUGCGGCGCCUGGCCGGCCGGCCGGCCGGCCCCCCCCCGGGCAGCGAGGCCUCCAUGACCCCGGGGUCGCCCGGGCCGAGCCGGGCCGGGCCGGACCGGGCCGGGCGCGAGCUGGCUCUGGCCCUGUGGGCGGCCGGCCUGGCCGGCCUGGCCUGGGGCCGGGUCGAUGGCUCCGGCGAUCCCGGGCCCUGCCCCUGCGGGGGGUAUGCCCUGCUGUGGCGCCCGGGCGCCGCCAUGGACACGGUGCUCGGCCUGCGGGUGCCGGCAUCGGUCGAGGUGGCGGCCCUGGUCCGGGAGCUGGGCCCCGGGGCCGGGGCGCCGGUUGUCGUGGUCCCGGCCGGGGCGCCGGGGCCGGUGCCCUGCCUGGAGUUCCGGCUGCUGGGGCUGGGUGCGGCCUGUGGGGAGAUCCGCGCGCUGGCCGCCGGCCCCGGGGCCUCGCGGGCCAGCCUGCUGCUGGAGCCGAUCGAUGCCUGGUCGUCGUCGGCGGCCGGGCCGCUGGCCGGGCCGCUGGCCCGGGCCUUUGUCGAGCUUCUGGCGGCCUUGGGGGACGCGCGGCCGGCUGCCUCGGACGGCCUGCUGGCCGCGGUAUCCGACAGUGUGGCCGGCUUCCUGGGGGCAGCCGUGCGCGAAGCGCGCGCGGCCCUGGACUCGCCUGGGCCCGGGGCCCGGGCCCGGGCCCUGCUUCGCCAGGUGGGCAGCCUGCUCCGGGCGGUGGUGGCCCUGGCCCGGGGGGCCGCGGCGGCUCCGCCCCGGGCCGGGGUGUCCCUCUGUCGGGUGGCCACCCUGGCCGUGGAUGCGGCCCUGCUGGGGGGCCAGCUGUGUGGGGCCUGCGCGGAUGGGGUUCUGGAGGGCGCGGCCCCGGUGGCCGUCGGCAUGGCCGAGGUCGAGCCCCUGGCCGCGGCCACCGCCGAGCUGCUGUUCCUGUCCCGGCGGCUGGUGGCGCUGGCGCACGCGCUGGCCGACGCCCCGGUGCCCCUGGCCCCGAGGUGCAUGCUGACCGGGCCGCCAGCCGGGCAGCGGUGCUUCCUGGAUGCCGCGAGCCUGGCCGGGACGCUGGCCCGGGUGCUGGCCGCCGGCCGCGGGCCGCCCUCGGUCGGGGCCAUCUGCGCGCUGGCCGCCGGCCGGGCCUCCGGCGACCCGGAUUGCCCCGGGUGCGGGGGGUUCCUCGGCCGGUCGUCCGCCGGCGGCCGGUGCCCUGUCGGGGCCGGCCCCGGCCGGCCGGACCCCCCGGCCGGGGUCGUCCUGCUGCCCGUGCUGGACCGGCUGAUGGGGGACCUGCGCGAGCUGGCCGACCGGCUGGCCUCGGCCUCGUCAGCCUCCUCGGCCUCCUCGGCCCCCGCAUGCCCCUCGCCUUCUUCCCCCGCCGCCGCCGCCGCCGCCGCCGCCGCCUCCUCCUCGGCCACCUCGGCCACCUCCUCGCCGGCAUGGGGCCCGGGGCAGGCCGGGCCCGGCGGCCGGCCACUGGCCGACGUCGCCCGGGCCAAGGCCACCCUGCGGGCCCUGGCGGCGGUGCUCCGCCAUGGGGGCUGCCCGCCGGGGCAUGUGCGCCCGGUGCUGGCGGUGCUCAAGCGCCUGGUGCGGCCGCGGUCCGGGCACCUGCUGCCGGCGCAGGCCCCGGCCCCGGCCGCCGGGGCCGCCAUGCAUGCCCUGGUGGCCGACCUGACCGGGGUGGCCGAGCUGGCCCGGCGGGCGGUGGCCGAGCUGCCUGCCUGGCUGGUGCCGGGGCCCGGGGCGCGCCCCGGGCGAACGGCCGCCCUGCAACUGGCGCGCAGCCUCUGCCAGUCGCUGGACCCGGGCCACUGCCUGGCCGGGGUCCGGCUGGUGGAGGUGCUGCUGCCGGGGGCCGCCCGGGCGGGGGGGCUGCUGCCGGCCGGCGGGACCCGGCCCGGGGCCGGGCACGGGCUCCCGCCGCCGGACCCGGACGCCGGGCCCUUCCUCGUGUCGCUGGUGUGCAUCCUGGCCCGGGUGCUGGCCAGCCCGGUGGCGGCCCUGGCCGGCGGCGGGCCCGGGGCGCCCGGCAGCCCGGCGGUCCCCGGGGCCCGGGGCCAGCUGCAGCUGUCCCCGCGCGAGGAGGCGCACCUGGUCCUGCGAAGCCUGACCACGCACGGGCUGAACCCGCCGGCGAGGGCCGCCGCCCGGGGCCGGCGCUUUGCCUUCCGGAAUGGGCCCGGGGCCGGGGCCGAUGACGGCCCGGCCGGGGCCCGGUCGGCCGCCUCGCUGGACGCCUUCCUCGGGGGGCUGGUGGACCUGCACCCGGAGCACUGGGCCGCGGAGCUGCUGGCCGAGCCGCUGCUGGCCGGGCCGCUGCCCGGGGCCGGGCCCGGGGCCCUGUGCCGGACGACCGCCCGGCUGCUUGGCAUGCCGGUGCCGGCGCUGCUGGAGCGCCUGGCCCCGUGGCUGGUGCCGCGGCUGGUGCUCUUCGGCGAGGGGCCGGAGUCGCCUCGGGCCGCGGUGUCGGCACCGGCCUCGGGCCCGGCCACCGGGCCCGGGUCCUGGCAGGCGCACCUGCUGCCGGGCCACGCCUGGCCGGACCCGGCGCUGGCCCCGCACCCGGGGAACACCCUGCUGGCCUUUGUCCGGCUGACCGGGCGCCGGGCGGACGCCGUGUCCCAGCUGCUGGACCAGAUCGACCACCUGCUGCUGUGCUCGGUGUAUGUGUCGGCGCUGCCGGGGCUGGCGGCGGCGGCGGCGGCGGCGGGGCCGGGGCCGGGGCCGGGGCCGGCAGUGUCCGGGCCGGCCGACCCGCCGGACGCCCUGGUCUUUGACCCGUCCAGCCCGGUGGGCGUGGCGCUGUAUGGCGGCGGGGCCGGGGCCGGCGGGGACGCCGGCGGCCCGGACGGCCGCGCGGCCCUGCGCUUGGACAUGGCCCAGGUGGACGCGGUGGCGGCGCGCGCCGCGCGCGACUCCAUCAGCUCCAUCUUCCGGAUGCUUCUGGGCGCGCCGGCGGUCGGGCCGGGCCCGGCCCCGGCCCCGGCCCCGGAUGACCCCUCGGCGCCGGCCCUGGUGUGCGACCGCCGGGCCCUGUGGGUGCUGCGCACGUGCGCCCACCGGGUCCUGCUGACGGGGCUGCUGCAUCUGGGCCGGGCGGAGGCCCGGCUGGCCGAGUGCCCCGGGCCCGAGGCCGACCCGCUGGGGGUCCGGCCGCAGGCGGUGCUGGAGCAGCGCCUGGCGCUGGGGCUCCUCCGGGAGGUGGCCCGGUCGCUGCUGCCGCCGGGGGAGGAGCCCCGGCAUGCGGCCGCGCGGCCGGGCCCCGGGGCCGCUGGCCAGGGGCUGGCCCUGAUCCGGACCCUCCUCCGGCCCUUCAUGUUCCAGACCCUGCACAACAUCAAGCACCUGGUCCUGGUGGAGGGGGCCGAUGCCGGGCCGGCGGGGGAUGCCGGCAGCACGGCCCCGCCGCCGCCGCCGGCCACCAGCCUGGCCUGGCACCCGGCGCGCUUGGCCCUGGACGCCGGCCAGCGGGCGGCCUUCUUCGCCCUGGGCUGGGUCUUUGCCGUGUGCCGUGGCGAGGGGGAUGGCGGUGGUGGCGGCGGCGACACCGACAAAGACCGCGACUCGGUGGAGCUGACCCCCAGCGUGGCGGCGCACAGCCUGACGGCCCUGCGCUUUGGCCUGGCCGGGGCCGGGGCCGAUGUGGCCCUGCGCGGGGCGGCCCUCUUUGCCGCGCGGGCCCUGGCCCGGUGGUGUCGAGCCGAGCUGGAUGCCCGGGCGGCCGGGGCCGGCGGCCUGGGCCCGGCGGCGUCCGGCGGCCCGGCCGCCGGGGCCGGCGCGCUGGACCUGGCCCCCGGGCCGCUGCUGAGCUGGCUGCUGAUGCUGGCGGCGUCGGCGUCGGCGGCGGCGGCGGCGUCGGCGAGCGUGGCCGACAUGGCCGGCCCCCGGCCCCCGGGGCCGCACAGCCCCGGGCCAGCGUGCGCACGCUGGCCCUGCCUCGGCUGCCAUCGGGCCCGGCGCCUGGACGCCCUGGCCGGGGACAUGGCCCGGGCGGCCCUCCUGCGGCCGGAUGGCCGGACCCUGGACGCGCACAUGCUGCCGCUGGUGGUGGCCGUGCCGGGGGCCGCCAGCUGCCGGGGCUUUCGCCUGGCGCUGGGCCUGUGGGAGGCCGGGCUGCGUGCCCCGUGCAUCCGGUGCCUGGAGGCCGUGGCUCGGGCCGGGGGGCGGGCCGGCGCGCUGGCGCACCCGGAGGCCGGCCGCCUGGCGGCCCUGUGGGCCGACGCCGAGCUCCUGACCCCGGCCGAGGCCGAGGACCUGGCCGGGCUCCUGGCGCCCGGCGGGGCUGCCGGCCACCCGGUGGGCGAGCUCCUGCAGCGGGCGCCGCCGGCGGCCGAGCAGCCCUCCCCGGCCGGGGCCGAGGCGCCCCCUGGCGAUGGUGCGGCCGGCGCGGCGCCGGCGGCUUGCUGGCGGUGCGACCAUGCGGCCGGGCCGGGGUCGGGCCCGGGGCCGGUGGCGCUCGAGCCGCACCGGCUCCUGGCGCGGCUUUUCCCCCUGGCACGGGUGGUGGACCUGCUCCGGGGGUGUGCCCUCGGCUUGCGGUCCGGCGAUCCGGUGCUGAUGGCCGCGUGCGGGGACCGGCUCCGGCGCCUGGCGGCCGGGGCCUGGUCCACCCUGUCGCCGGUGGCCCUGGCGGGCUGCGGCCCGGCGGCCGGCGCGGCCGACGACCGGCCCGGGUCGGCCUUCGCCCAGGCCCGCGGCCAGCUGGCCGACCUGCCGCCGGCCGACCCGCGGCUCGGGGCCGCCGCGCAUGACGCCUGCCUGGCCCUGGCGGCGUGGCUGAUGUCCGGGGCGCCGGCGGCCGGGCCGGCCCCGGGGCAGCACCGGCUGCGCGCGUGCCUGGCCGUCCUCGGGUCCCUGGCCGGGGGGGACCCGGCGGGGGGCGGCCCGACGCCGGGCCCACUGGCCCCGAUGGCCAGCCUGCCCACGCGGCAGGGCUUCCACCUGGGCCUGGCGGCCUUGGACUUCGGGCCCUCGCUGGGGCUGUCCCUGGGCGAGGCCCUGGGCCAGCCGCUGGCCGGGAGUGCCGCCGGGGCCGCCGGGGCCGGGACCUCCAGCACCGGCCAGAUGACCAGCCGGAGCAUGAUGCUCGGCCUGGCCGACCGGCUGGAGCUGGCCUGGCGCCUGGUCAAUGGGCCGCUGCUGCGGCUGCUGCUGGUGGGCAGCCUCGGGGGCGGGGCCCCCGGGGCGCCGGGCGCCCCCGGCGGCCUGGUGGCCGACCUGGCGGACUCGUGCUUCGACGUGGCGGCCGGCGGCCGGGGGCCCGGCAUGCCGGCCGGCACCCCGCGCGAGGGCCUCGCCUCGGCGCAGGUGGUCGACGUGGCGUCGCUCCUCAUCCAGCAGCUCCUGCAGAAGACGUGCGGUCUGACGGCCAGCCUGGCGGCCCAGGUGCCGGAGGACGCCCCGGCGCGGGCAUUCAACAUGCACUCGGCGGCGGUGGCCGCGCUGGCCGCGCCGCCGGGGCCCGGCAGCUCCGGCGUGCCGGACAGCCUGGCCGUCGCCCUGUGGCGGCGCUUCCCGCCGGCCACGCGCCGGCAGCUGGCGCACUUCCUGGAGACCGAGCUGCGGCUGUCGCCGGCCGGGGGGGCCGGGCCCGGGGGCUCGGCCGGGCAGCAGCCGACGCAGCCGACGCAGCCGACGCAGCCGCCGGCCCCGGGGGAGGGGGCCGGGGCAUCGGCCGAUUCGCCCGGCGCCCCGGGCCCGGGCUGGCCGCCCCGGCACCGGUCCAUCAUCGACGCGCUGCAGGCCCACCUGUCGCCGGGGGAUGUCGGCCGGUCGCUCUUCAGCGAGCUGGUGGCCCUGGCCCUGGGCCCGGGCCCUGCCGCCGGGUUGGGCCCCGGGCCCGGGGCGGAUGGCGAUGCCGGGGACCGGCCGGCCGGCCGCCCGGCCGGCCGCCCGGCCAUCAAUGCCCCGCGGCUGGUGGGCGACUGGCUGCGUGGGCUGGCCCUGCGCCUGGGGCGCCUGGCGGCCGGGCUGGACUCGGCGCGGGUGGUGGCGCGCUUCGGGCCGGCGGCCGCCGACCCGGGCGACUCGGCCGCCAUGCCCAAUGGCCCGGCGCCGGUGUUUGCCUGCCUGGAGACCCUGCCCGGGGGGGAGGACGGCGCGGCCCUGGCCCGGGCCCUGCUCCCGCACCUGGUCAUCUUCCUGGUGGCCAACUGCCGGUUCCCGACCAGCACCGGCGGCGAGGCCCACCACCACCACCACCACCAGCAGCAGCAGCAGCAGCAGCAGCCGCAGCAGCCGGGGGUCUUCCACUGGGUGCACCUGGACCCGGUGGCGGCGCUGGUGGCGCACGAGCUGGCCGCGCCGUUGGUCCUGGCGGCCGAGCUGGCCAGCGACCGGACCGCGCCGCGGGUGCUGGCCGCGGCCGCGCACCUGGCCGCCCUGGAGGCCACGCUGCUGGUGGAGGCGGUCCGGCGGUGGGCCGUGGCCCGGGCCCGGGUGGCCUCCGGCACGCGGGCCGACAUGCAGCUGCACAUGCGCCAGCUCCUGCUGUCGGCCGAGUGCUGGCCUCGGCUGCCCUUCGGCCCGGUGCCGCGCACCCCGGUGGACCUCUUCCUGAUGGCCAAUCCCCAGCCGCCGGCCGAGGUGGAAACCGCGGCCGGGCCGGCCGCCGCCCGGCCCUCGGCCGCCGGGCUCAAGCUGGAGGGCGUGCGCGGCCAUGUGGCCGUGUGCCGGCUGCUGGCAUUCACCGACCUGCAAGUGCCGCCGGCCCUGCAGGCGGCCGUCCUGUGGCAGGCCCUUCGCCAGGACGCCCCGGGGCCGGUGGCCCCGGCCCGGCCGCCGGUUGUCCACUGCCCGGAGGCCGUGGCCAAUGAGCAUGCGGCCGCCUUGCGGCCAUUGCUGGGGCCCGGCGGGCCGGACCCGGCGGCUCCCGGGCCGGCCCGGCAGGCGGCCCUGUCGCCCGGGGCCCGGGCCCUCGGGGCGGCCGUGCUGGAGCGCCUGGCCGGCGAUGCGCGCCGCGCGUUGGGCCCCCUGCGAGCCCUGGCCCCGGCGCUGCUGGCCCUGCACCAGGCCGGGGCCGAGCCCACCCCCGGCGCCCUGGCGGCCCUGGUCCCGGGCAAUGCCCCGACCGUGGAGGACCAGCCGCCGGUGGGGUUCUUCCCCGGCAGCUUGCCCUUCUUCCUGGGCUGGAGCCCGGCCGUGUGCGAGUGCCUGGGGGCCGCGGCCGGCGUGGCCGCGGCCGAUGGCCUGGACGCCAGCCCGGCCGACGACCCAUGCGCCCUGGUGGCCGGGGUGGCGGCAUGCCGGGUGCCGGCGCUCCUGGCCGCGGCCGACCUCUUCGCCGACAUGGCGGCCGGCUCGGCGGCCGACGCCCCGGGGCCCGGCCCGGAGCCGGACCUCUCGGCCCUCGGGCCGCUGGAAGCCCAGACACUGGCCCUGGCCAUGGGGGCGGCCGGGCCCGGCGGGGCGGCCGAGGGGCCCGCCGGCCACCGGGCCCCGGGCCCGGACUUGGACCUCCUUCGUGGCCAGCUCCGCGCGCUGGAGGCCUGGGCCCGGCGGGAUGACAUGCUGGCCGCCGAGGAGGCCGAGCUGGCAGGGCAGCUGGCCGGGUCCGGCGGCCUGGCGGCCGCGCACUUGCGCCUGGCCCUGGCAGCCGGCGACGCCACCGAGGUCCUGGCCGCGGCUGGGGCCCCUGCCGGCCCGGCGGCCGGGCUGGCUGCCCCCUCGCGGGCAGGGCCGCCCCUGCCGGGGGCCGAUGUUCGGGCCCUGGCCGCCUCGGCGGCCCUGCGCCUGGGCCAGUGGGACAUGGCGGCCGGGCUGGCAUGCCACCCGGGCCCCGACAGCAGCCCGCCGGCCCCGGGCCCCGGGCCGCGCAUGAACCCGGCGCUGGAGCGCCUGCUCCGGGUGCUGCCGGCCGGGCCCGGGGACUUGGCCGGGCUGGCGCGCCUGGACCAGCAUCUGGCCCGGCCGCUGGUGGCCUGGCGCGAUGGCGGGCCCCCGGCGCCGGACCCAGCCGGGGCCAGUGCCCUGGCGGUGGCGUGUCGCUUUGCCCGGGCCCCGGGCAGCAUGGGCCCCGGGCUGGCGCCGGAGCUGGCCCGGCUGACGCUCUUCGCCGAUGUGGACCUGCUGGCGGGCGGCCUGCCGGGGCUGGCGGCCCGGGCCGAUGCGCCGGCCGCCGACCCGGGCCCCGGGCAGCGGGACACACGCGGCCCGGAGGCGGCCCGCCUGCGCCGGGCCCUGGUGACCGCCGAGCGGGACACCCAGCUGCUGGAUGCCAUGACGGCGCGGCUGCUGGGGCGCCCGGCGCCGGGCCACGCCGGGGCCUUCAGCCUGUCGGCGGCCCAGUGCCAGGGCGACUGCCAGGGCGGCACGGACUGGCCCUCGGCGCGCGGGUGCCAGUGCGCCCCCGGGCGGUCGGCCCUCACCGGCGGCGGGCUGUCGGUGGUGGCCGCCGCGCGGCUGGCCAACGGGGCCCCGCCCGGCGGCCGGGGGCCCGCCUCGGCCCGGCGCCUGGCCGACCGGGCCGACACCGCGGACCUGGUGCUCAGCCUGCAGGAGGCCAUGCUGGGGCGGCUGGCGGCCGGGGCGGCCGGCCGCGCGGCCGACCUCCUCGGCGCCGGGUCGCCCGGGGCCCGGGGCGCCGGGGCUCUGGUCCGCGCGGCGGCCGCCGCCCGGCGCCAGCACCGGUCCAAUGCCCUGUGGCGAUGCCUGGCCCUGGUGGCCCGCGGCCAGGGGGUCCCGGCCCUGGCCCGGGCGGCCCUGCUCCGGGUGUCGCCCCUGCCGGGGCUCGCCGGGCCGGGGAUGGCCGCCGCGCUGCAGGCCCUCCGGGCCCCGAGCCGCGCCGGGCCCGGGCUCCAUGCCCUGGUGGCCGAUUGGCCCGGGCGUCUGGAGGCCUUGCGCCUGGCCGACCGCCUGGCCACGGCCUUCUGCCUGGGCGAGCGGCCGGGCGAUCUGGACCGGCUGCCGCUGCCCGCCGGGCCGGCCACCGACCCGGCCACCGGCCACGAGUACCCGGAGUAUGUGCUGCUCCGCCGGAGCCUGGCCAUCGCGUGGCUCGUGUCGGCCGGGGCCGGGGCCGGGGCCGAAACCCGGGCCGCCGUCGGCCGGCCCGGCCCCGAGUCCGACUCCUCGGCCUCCGUGGAGCAUGCCUUCUCGCGAGCGCUGGACUUCAUUCGCGAGGCCGAUGGGCCCCGCGCCCACCAAUGGGCACACUACCACUAUGGGCGCUUUUGCGAUGGGAUGCUGGCCGCGGCGGCCGAGCAGUACCGGCUGGCCGCCGCGGCGGUGCCCCCGACGCCGACCGUGCCCUCGGCGCAGCCGGCCCGCACGCGCGACCCGCACGAGCUCCUGCGCUUCGAGGAGCAGAUCCAAGCCCGGGCGGUGGCCCUGGCGGCGGCCUUCGGGGCCGGGCGCGUGGCGGCCAGCUGGCUGCACAAGGCCGCGCACCACUACCUGCGGGCGCUGCAAAGCCGCGGCCCGGGGCCCGGCCCGGGGCAUGGCCCGCAUGCCGGCGGGUCCCAUGUCGCCGGGCUGGCCCUCCCCCGGCUGCUGACCCUCUGGCUGUCGACGUGCGCCACGCUGGCCCCCCUGCCGGCGACCAACGCCCUGUCGGUGUCCAACUCGCUGGGCUCGGCGGCCACGGCCGGCGUGCACUUCUCGGACCGCGUGCUGCUGGCCUCGGAGCACCUGAGCACCGACAUCCUGACGGCCGUGGCGCAGACCCCCUUCCCGGCGCCGCCGCCGCCCUCCCUGGGACAGGGGUUCGAGCCGCCGCCGGCGCACCUGUACCGCACGUGUGCCGACCUCACGGCCACCAUCAGCCUUGGCCUGGCGGGCGUCAGCCUGUCGGAGAUGCUCGUGGUAUUCCCCCACCUGCUGGUGGGCUACCGAAGGGUGUUCGAUGUGGCCGCGCGCAAGGCCUUCGUCACCCUCAUCAGCACGGUGGCCGUGCACUUCCCCGGGCAUGCCCUGUGGAAGAUGAUCGGCCUGCCGGCGAUGGCCCCCUGGCGGCCGACCCUCCUGUCCCAGACGCUGGAGCUGGCCCGAAGCGUGGAAUUGAGCGCCGGCGGCCGGGCCGGCACGCGGCGUGCGGCGGCCCCCCCGCCGGCCCCGGGCUCCCCGGCCUCCAGCCAGGACAUCGAGUCCACCAUCCGGCAGAUCCUCCUGCUGUCGGACUUCCUGGAGGCGCACACGGCCUCCGACCCGAAGGACCGGGCCCCCGGCAUGGCGACCACCCUGCCGGGGGUGCCGACCCGCGGGCCGGUCGUGAACAAUGUCACCGUCCCGGUGCGGGCCUUCAUCCAGGCCUCCUUCGAUGCGGCGGACCCGGCGGCCGCCGCGCACUUCGGCCUCGGCAUCGACCCGCACAUCGGCUUCCUGGGGCUGAGCCAGCACCAUGCCGGGCCGGAGGCCGGGCACUUUGGCCGCGCGGCCGCCGCCCAUGCCACCCGCGCCCCGACCAUUUCCGCGAUUCUCCCCUCGAUUGAGGUGCUCAAGUCGCUGCAGCGCCCGGUGCGCCGGAACCUCGAGGGCACCGACGGCCGGGUGUACUCGGUGCUGAUCAAGUGCGAGCAUGGCGAAGUCCGGCGCGAUGUCGGGGCCAACUCCGUGCAUGACGUGGUGAACUCCCUGCUGGCCGGGCAGGACCGGCACAGCCUCCUCCACUCGGCCGGCACCGGGGGGCAGGGCCCAUGUGCCGGGCCGGCGGCCGGCGCAUGUGCCACACUGCGCCCCUCCACCGACCCCCUCGGUGGCCAGUGCACCUGCCCGGCCGGCACCCGGAUCCGCACCUUCGCCGUGACGCCCCUCAGUGCCAAUGUCGCCAUCUUCGAGUGGAUCGACAAGACCAGCACCAUCAUGAAGGAGAUCGAGUCGAUCGUCACUUCGCCGGCCAGCUGGUCCAUGCUGUCGCGGCCGAAGCCGUCUGCCCUGAAGACCGUGCACAACUUCGAGGAGCUGAGCCACAUCGAUGUUCCCUUCCACCGGUGGUUUGCGGCCCGCAGCCCGACCGCGCGCGCGUGGCUCCUCGCCCGCCGGCGCUUCUCCUCCUCGCUGGCCGUGAUGUCGGUGGUGGGCUUCCUGCUGGGCCUGGGCGACCGGCACCUGGACAACAUCCUCAUCGACACGGAGUCCUUCCAGGUGGUGCAUGUGGACUUCAACUGCAUCUUCGAGAAGGGCCUCUUCCUGCAGGUGCCGGAGACGGUCCCCUUCCGCCUGACUCGGGCUCUUCUCGACGCGCUGGGGGUCAUUUCACUGGGGCCGCUGGACCGGCGGGCUCUCGACAGCACCCAGGCGCGCCGGCAAUCGGCCAGUGCCCUGCUGGCCCGUGGCAAGUCCAUCACCCGAUCCGUGUCGGGCGGCUCCGGCGCCGGGCCCCUGGCCCCCGUGGCCACCGGGCUGCUGUACUCCGACGAGGAGGAGGACCUGCUGCUGGGCCCCCCGGUCGGGGGGUCCGGCGGGUCGUCCGACCUCGGCGGAUCGAUCGUCAUCGCCGAUGGCCCGGCCGGCCGGUCGGUCCUGCGUGCGGCGCCCGGGCCCGGGGCCACCAGCCCGGCCGCCACCGUCAAGCCCCUGGGCCCUGCGCGGGUGGAAGCCCUGGAGGACGCCAUCCUGGCCACCAACGUGGCGGCCAGCCACUUUGGCCGGGUGUGUGCCACGGUGCUGGGGGUCCUGCGCCAGCAGGCGCACAUGCUGGAUGGUGUGCUGGAAAUCGUGUGCCCGGAUGUGCUGGAGCCCAAUGAGCUCAGCAUGCCGCUGCUGCACACGGUCCUCGGGCGCAUCCGCGUCAAGCUGGCCGGCCGGCUGGCCUGCAUGCGGGUGUCCCAGCGCGCGGACCAGGGCGGCACUCGCCUCGACGAGAGCCUCAACCCCCUGCGGAGCAUCGACCGGCAGGCGGCGCGCUUCGAUGCGGAGCGCCGCGCGGCCGCUCGGCGCUUCGAGCUCCCGGAGGAGCUGGCCGUCGAGCAGCAGGUGUACGAGCUCCUGUCCGAGGCCACGGCCCGGGCCAAUCUCCGGCUCAUGUUCUAUGGCUGGCGCUCGUACCUGUGAGGGGCCGGGCCCCUCCGCUUGCCCGGCUGCCCUGUGCCAAUACACCCCUGCUUCUCUGGG